UUGAACGCAAUAUUCUAAUUUUUAAUAUAAUUAAUUAUUAAUAAAUAUUAAAUAACAAUAUAUUAAUACUAAUUAUUUCAAUUUUUUUAAACUAUUUUACUAUUUUAGUUUUUUUAAUGACAUUUGUUGUAUAGUACUUAUUUGUCUGAACAGUUUAAGCUAUAGCCCAUACACUGACAAUAGGCUAUGGGCAGUGAGCCCUAUAAUUAUUAUUGAUGUUAAAUGAUUAUCAUUUCAGAACAUUUUAGUUAGCAUUUGACCGGUUAUAUUAUUUUUAAUAUGCAUGAAAUAAAUUAUUAGUACCUAUUAUAUGAUUUAUUUUAACAUUAUAAACAUUAAUUAGCUUUAUGAUGCAUUUGGUUAUUUCUUCUCGCAAAUAGUCAUUAUUGAAGUGUAUCAAGAAUGGACGAACAGGAUCCUCUUGUAUUUGUUGACACAGUCAACAAUAGACUAUUUGGGCUUCCAGAAGUAUUGGAUAAAAAUGUGGAUGAUAUAAUUGUUAAUGAAUGUGAUGCUGUCUUAACAAAACCACCAGAUCGGUACAAUUUUGGAUUUUUAAUAUUUUAUAUACUUGGCACUUGUCUUCUACUUCCAUGGUACUUUUUUAUGACUGCAAAUGAUUACUGGAUGUAUAAAUUACGAAACUUGCCAAAUGAAACCCAAGUGAUUUUUCUCCUGCCAUAUGACAAUGAUCAACAUUCAAGACUUCAAGCUAACUUCACUUCUUUUCUUACCAUUGCUGCAUCUGUUCCUAGUUCACUAACCUUAUUAUUAAAUACAUAUUUAGCUAAUAAGAUGUCAAUUCAUUUUCGAAUGAUCAGUUCAUUGAUGUUAAUGCUUAUUUUGUUCAUAAUUACCACAAUUUUAGUUAAUUUGGAUUCUGAUUCAUGGCAAAUAUUGUUCUUUAUGAUUACUUUAGGAACAGUUAUUUUAUUAAACAUAGGGAGUUCUAUAAUGCAAGGAGCUGUGUUCAAUUUAGUCAGCUUUUUUGAUAGUAGCUACAUGAAAGCAACUGUAUGUGGUCAAGCAUUGGGAGGUAUUGUCGCUGCAUUAGCUCAAAUAUUGGCUUUGUGGUGGGGUGCAUCAUCUGUCCACAGUGCCUUUGUUUAUUUCUUAUUUGCCGAUAUAUUCAUCUUGAUCUCUCUAGUAUUAUAUGCUAUUUUAGUAAAAACAAAUAUUUAUAAGUAUUAUGUUCAAGACAUACCUGCAAGCGCAUGGAUUAGACGUUCAUCUUCUACACAAUAUGCUUUACUCGGUAAUGAACAAACCCCUACAGUUAAUACAUAUGCAGUUUUAAAAAAGAUAUGGAAAUUGGGAUUGAGCACAUUUUACAAUUUUUUAGUCACAAUGUCUGUAUACCCAGCAGUUACUGUACUAAUAACUUCAGUGAACAAAGAACACACUGCCUGGACAGAUACAUAUUUUUUACCGGUGAUAGCAUAUUUGCUUUUCAGUACUUGUGAUUUCUUAGGGAGAGUUAUGUCAAACCUCAUAAGAUUGCCAGUCAAUAGUAGUUGGCCAGCCGCAAUAUUAUCUGCUUUAAGAACUAUUUUUAUUCCCUUGAUGAUGCUCUGUAAUGCUAAGCCUCGGUAUUAUUUACCUGUCUUAAUAAACAAUGAUCAGUUGUAUGCAGUUAUUAUGUCUAUCUUUGGUUUUACCAAUGGUAUAGUUUCUAACAUCACAAUGGCUUCUAUUCCCUACUUUGUUGAAAAGCAUGAACAAGAAGCAGCGAGUUCGUUGAUGAUUACAUUCCUUGGUAUUGGUAUUUCUACAGGUUCAUUGAUAAGUUUUGGCAUGGUUAAUUUACUAUAAAUUAUAAAAUGUAUAAUCUUUAAUACUACAUGUGCUAUAUUUUAUAUAUUGUUCGUUAAUUUUAAAUUUAAAUUUAUUUAAUUAUGUUAUCUACUUAUAAGUUUGACAACUAUAUUAUGUUUAUAAUUUUAUAUAUUUUUACUGUAUUCACUUUUUAUUGAACAAAACAAUUGUAAAAAUAAUUUUCAGCUAUUACAUGACUACUAAGCUUUCUCAGUUUACUUACUGAGUUAUAACUCAUGACGUUUAUAAUAUUUUUUAAUUGUAUUCUAAUAUGUAUAAUUUUUUAAGGAUUUCUGUGAAAUCAUAUAAUAUAAUUUAAUCAAAAAUAAUCAAAAAUGUAAUAAACAUUUAUAUCUUUAUCAAAUAUUUGAUAAUACCAAAAAUAAAAUUUAUUUAUUUAUCUACCAAGUAAAAUAA